UUACUAGACUAGAGCUAGUCUAUAUCUAUUUAGAUCUAGAUCUAGACUAUAUCUAUAUAUUAUAUUAUGUCUAGAGUCUAGAUCUAGUAGCCUGAUGUCUACAUGAUCAUGGAUGUCUAAUUACUUAUUAAAUCUAGAUAUAUUGAUAUAUAUAUAUAUCAUUAGACAUUAGAUCAAGAGUCUCACCAGUGACCAGUACAUAGAUUUAAUAGAUCUAGAUCUUUAUAUAUAUAUUUUGUACACCAUGGAAUCCUCUAUUUCACAGCAUGAAGCUCUUGUCAAAAAGAAGCUUCAGAGAUUUCUAUGGGAACUAGCUAAUUUUGGUUCAGUCCGUGGCUUCAAACAUUUCUCUUGCUAUUUGAGAGGAAAGGAGGAGUUACUUGUCAGUGUCAAGAACAAAGUUCAGGGAAGUACAACUUCAAUAAUUAACACCACUUUGCCACUACCUCCAGCUAAGAAACCUUUGUGUGCUACAGAUAGUUUUAACUCAUACAACUUACCUUAUGAUAAGAGUUCUAUAGUUUUCUCCCUCCAAACUCAGACCCAACUUAGAGGUAGACAAGACAGAGAGGCAGAUCUUUUGCCAGCAUCACCAUCGGAGGAGGAAUCCCAACCAAAAGAUGAUGUCACAUUAUUCCUUAUAGCUGGCUAUGCUCGUUACUCUUGUCCCUAUGUUUGGGUCAGGUCGAACCAUCGUCGUCUGUUUACACUCUCUGGAGACAAGGAUGCAGACAAGGACAGCCCACUCAAGUUAAAAUCUACAUCUAAAUGGAAGGAUGAAGAUGUGAAAAUAUUUGACAUUGUGGCAGAGAUUGUCAAGCUGUGCACUUACCCUGCUCCCAGAAACCCCUUUGAAGUAGAUUUGGACUACUUUCAUUUCCUGAAACAACCUGAUCAACUGCUAGCUUCAGCAGCCAUGACUUUCUUGCUACAGAAGAUCAUCAUACAAUCCUCAGAAAACAAAGUUUACAUUGCCAAGGUGUUUGAAGAGCUUCAGCUGCUGGCAAGAAUUCAUUUUAAAAGUCUCAGAGAAUUAACUCAAGAAGGGAAGCUGGCAGUCUUGCUUCAACAUAAGAAAGGAGAACAAAAGAAAAAGUCUGCUGCUCUUUUUCAAGUCUCAUCAACAAUGGAUAACCCUAACAUUGAGAAAUCUAGAGACUCAGUGACUUCAUCUGGCCAUCAAAAGUCAUGGUCCACGAAUCCAGCUGUUAUUAUUACACGACCUGGAAGUGAAAUUCCUAAGAAAGUUCAAGGAACAUCAUCGUUUGUUCAUAAUAAUGUGGUGAAUAGCUCAUCUCAACCUGGCUCUGUGAGGCCUCAGUCUUACCCUAAUGUGGUACAUGCCCAGCUCCCAGGUCCAAUGCUGAUGCCAGCUGCACAGGCAUUCCCACCCCCAGCUUCCUCUCAACCUCAGUUGUCCUAUAUACCCUCAUCUGCUCAAUCUGUUAAGGCACCAACAGCACAGUUCCAACCUGGUUGGUCACUGAUGACCCCUUCACCAGUGUCUGUUUCUCAGUCAAUGUAUAACUCCUCAGUGGCUGCACAACCUUAUCAAGAACCAUUUAAGGUCCACAACUCCACACCAGUAAAUGCUUCUGGUAUUACCUAUGGUAAAGGACCUAGAGGAGCUUUUCCUGGUGGCUAUGACAGGAUGCCUGCACCAAGUAUGCUUUGAUAGUAUUUCAAUAUGAAAAAAAAAAGCCAAUAACAGAAUACAAGCACCAAGAAUGCUUUGAUAAUAUUUCAGUGACAACAUUUUGUUAGUAAAUAGUUAAAGGAAUUAUCUUGUUGAUACUUGGCUAAUUUUCACUCUUAUAUAUAUAUAUAUAUAUAUAUA